AUUAAGGGAUUUAAAAUAUGGUCAUGCACAAUGCAUUAAUAUGUGCUUUUUAAGUACUAUUAAACAGCCAACAUACUAGUAAUAUGCAUAUGCUAGUUAAUAGUGAGAAAUGGUCCCUAAACUUUAGCCUACGUGUUACCUAAAAGGUAUGCCAGAUAUUUUAUAUUUACAUUUUAGAAUUAAUAACUACCAUUAACUUUAUCUAAAAACUUCAAACUGCCAAAUAUGUUGUCAGUUUCUAGGUUUUGACCUUAUGUUACUUAGUCUGAUUGUGAUAUUUGUUUCAGGACCUGUGUGUCUGUGUUGUCCAGUUAUGCAUACAUUACCUGGAAAAAUAUGAAAAGAAUGCCUGGCCUGCUACUUUGUGUCAUAUACAGUAUACUUUUGUGGCGCAGCACUGAAUCCCCCAAACACCACAACUGAUUACCCAGCCAAUCCGAGAUGUUCAUGUGCCCCCCGCCUAUGAUAACAGUAACCAGAUGUAUUGUGCGCAGCCUGCAGAGAGCUAUAAAACACAUCUGUGCUGGACCCGAACUCACCAGAGCUAUGGUCACACACACACACACACAGUUGCUUUCUCACAUUUCUCUCUCACAGAUUUCUCUUUCUCAGCCUAAGAAGAUGUAGAGGAGAAGAUGCUACAACCGCGAACUUCAGAACUCUCGUUCCUGAAUCAUCCUGCAUGAUCAACGCAAUGGAAACAGAAUCUACCUAUAACCUGACUGCACCCGCUGUGUCUUUGUUGCACCAUAACAUGACAAACUCAUGUGACUACAUAUCCACCUCAGCCUCGCAGUAUCAGAAGAAAGUGAUCCCCACUUUGUACAGCCUCAUUUUCCUGCUAGGUUUUCUUGGUAACAUGCUGGUGGUGUGCGUGUUGUAUCACAGUUCAGGCCGAAGGACGGUAGCCAACACGUAUUUGAUGAAUCUAGCCAUGUCGGACUUGCUGUUCCUGAGCUCUUUGCCAUUCUGGGCUGUUUACUAUUCGCUGGAUUACAACUGGGUUUUUGGGAAGGUCAUGUGUAAGCUGUGUGGAGGUCUGGUAACGAUAAACGUCUACGCUAGUAUAUUUUUCAUCACCUGUAUGAGUGUGGAUCGAUAUCAUGCCAUCGUCUACCCACUGCACUCCCAGAGCCGCAGGAGCAUUUAUCAGGCCAGAUGUGUCAGCGGCAUCAUUUGGGUCGUGGCGGCUUUGACGACAUUGCCGACUGUUGUGUUCCGUGACAUACACACUUUUCCCAGUAACAACAUUACGGCUUGUGUCAUUUAUUUCCCCAGCUCCUAUUGGCAAACCGGGUUAACUCUUGGAAAGAACACUCUGGGAUUCUUCUUGCCAUUUGUUGUCAUUGCAACCUGCUACAGCCGAAUUGCCGUGCACCUUCUGGCCACCCCAGACUACUUGGAGCAAGACUCCACUCGACUGGUCCAUGUGUUGCGUAUGGUGGUCGCUGUGGUAUUGGCGUUUUUCUUUUGCUGGUUCCCGUUCCACGUUCUGGCGUUCCUCGGAGCUCUGGGGGAGCUGGGUGUGGAUUGGGAUUGCUGGGUGCUUCAAGCGAUCCAUAAACUCCUGCCGUUCUUCCUCUGCCUUGGCUUUUCCAACUCUGCCAUAAACCCUUUCCUGUACUGUUUUGUGGGAAAUCACUUCCAAGAGAAGCUGUGGCAGUUUUACGGGGAUAUGCUGAUGCAGAAAAGAGAUUCCAUCAGCACGAGACUGUCUUCCUUCUCCAGGAAACUGAGUGACUUUAAAGAAACCGUGCCUAUGGAGAUUCUUGAGCAGCAGAGCAGCGCGUAGUGGAUUCUGGUGAAUCUCCACCUUUACAUACUAUUAUUAUAACUGCAGAGCACCGUGUCAGUGUCAGUCAAGUGCUUUUCCAGGCACUGCCACUUGUUUGGGACAAUCAGUUCAGAUGUUGUUGUUGGUUGCUAUAAUUGUGGUUGUGUCACUGUGUCUUGUUUCUAACUACACAAUGAUUGUGAUUAGCUCCAGCAUCUAUAAACAACAUUUGGUUACAUAACAAUGUGUAGAGAUAUAGCCCACAUAUUAUUCUUUGAUCAGACUUUACUCAGGAUGAGGAAUUUGCUGAUUUUUCUGCACAAAACAGAUAAAAAAAAUUAAAAAAUAAAUAAAUAAAGGUUUCUGAUUACAGCUGUACAGUCUUAAUAUUUGGAUUACUGGUAAUAUCAGAGUUGUAAAUAACACUCAAAUGUUAGAUAAUGUUUAUCAUGUCUUUCAUAUGGCUGAAAUAGACUAAAACUAUCUUUUAACUGUAAUAUACAAAGUCACAAAAAUGCAGCAUGAGCUGUUAAAAUUAUAAAUCACUGUAAAUUGAAUUAUAAUUCUAUUAUAAUGGAGCAUCAUCAAUAAAUGAUGUUUGCAAGUACACAA